AUGAUAGCACCUGCACAUAUAACAGCCUUUCCACCAAUCCAGCCUCAUACGCGACAAUCUUCGGCCGAUCAACCACCAAAUUUUAGCUAUGCGCCGCCCCCAGGAAGGUCGCCCCCUACAAAUGGAGGGUAUGCGCUACCUCCGCCUCCAUCGAGCCCGCCCCCGGGGGGUUCACAGCCAAGCCAGCCAGAGUAUUCAGAGGGACAGUAUCCACCUCCACCCGUUGACCAGAAGGCGAUUCAAGAAUACAACCUAGAUGCGUACCGCCAGAAUUCAGCCAUUGGGAAUCUUUCAAUAUCCUCCCAGACACCCCCUCCAGCAGCAAAGAUGGAAAGGAUACCGGGUGGUGCGCCUGCGUUUGGAGAGUUCGUUGGAGCGCACUCAACCAAUCAGGAUGAUGUUGGAACAUUCAACGGAGGAAGUUACAGAGUCAGUCACCGAGAUACAAACUCACUUUUGACCAUCCAAUUGGCGAUGGGUUGUCCCUUGACAGUUAGGCCAGGUGCAAUGAUUGCAAUGUCGCCCACAAUCACACUCCGAGGAAAUGUGAGCUUCUCCUGGAAGAAGCUCUUUGCCGGUGGAAGUAUGAGUAUGUCGCAUUAUACGGGUCCCGGCGAGCUAUUGCUUGCGCCAUCUGUGCUGGGAGAUGUUAUUGUCAACCUAGUCAACGAUGGAGACAAUUGGAAGAUCGGCAGGGAUGCCUUCUUAGCCCACACCAGCGGUGUGCACCAUGAGUACAAGGCCCAAGGUCUGACCAAGGGUGUAUUUUCCGGUGAAGGUCUGUUUGUUUACCACAUCACCGGCACUGGGCUUCUUUGGAUGCAGAGUUUUGGUGCAAUCAUCAAAAAAGACCUCGUUGACAAAGAAGUAUACAUCAUCGACAACGGACAUCUCGUGGCUUGGAAUUGUGAUUAUAAGAUGAUCCGUGUUGCAUCUGGUGGCCUCAUUUCUAGUUUCAGCUCUGGGGAAGGCCUUGCUUGCAGGUUCGAAGGACCGGGAUCGGUUUAUCUGCAAACCAGAAACUUGAAUGCCUUCGCAGCACAAAUGAAGCUCAGCACAGCCAGUGGCUAA